AAUAAAAGGAGGGAAUGGUGAGCAUUUUUUAACGUGGAAAAUUGACGAAGUAGAAAACUCAGGUCUGUGUCCCCAACCGAGGUCGGUUGGGGGUUGGGGUUGAUGGCAGUUCCCAACCACGCAACCACGCAGAAACGUCGACAAUGGCGUCUCCCGCAAUGAUUGCGAGAUCGGCUCGUUGCUCUCAAGCCUGUUGGACGAGCCAUCUCCGACACCAUCAGCAGCAGAGAUGGGUGCCCAUUGUUGGACGGUCGCAAGUCCAUCUUGGAUUUCCACUGGCAAGGCCUUUCCAUUCUUACUCUUUUUUGCUGGUGGAAGACAACAGUUCCAAGAACGCUUCACGGUUCUACAACCACAAGGCGUUGCAGCGAGCUCGAAUCAAGGGAGAAUUGAAACCUUUGCUGUCUUUGGCUAUCCAGGAAUUUUUGAAAGAGAAACAGCAACGAUCAAUGGCAAAGGAUUACUUCAAUGAUUCUGUCAUGUUGCUAGCUCGUUGGAACGGGUAUGGGCCGAUCGACCCAUCAAGAAUCGUCGUAGAGAGCCAUUUCCAAGCAGGAAAGCUACCCUUAGGUCAAGGAUUGGUGGCAGAGCCGACCCCUUCUGCAUCCGACAACUACAAAAUUUUUGCAAGACGUUGCCCAGAUUUGUCUGCAACUAAUCAGGAGGACCAGCAGCAUCCUACAUUUGUGGAAGAAGAUGCAUCGUGGUACCGCCAUUUGGAGGCCCGAGUCAAUGAGAAUUUGGAUCGGUGGGAAGAGCAGGCAUAUAAAAGACGACAGCUACGCCUCAAAAGUGCCAAGCAGGCAUCGCAGCGAUUGUUGGACUCCAUCCAAGCCCCAGUGGCAAAAACUUUCAUAGUUGUGACGACUCGAGUGGGACCAGUGGUGGAAAGUGUUCGGUCCACUGUCAAAAUCGGCGUGAAAAGCUUAAAGGACCAAAAGAAAAAGCCGACGGAAAAAGACCCACUUUCAGGAAAGACCGACUCCUCAAAGAAAAGUACGGCCACUGAUACUGGUGCAGAAGCUCCAAAAGCAUAUGACAAUUCAUCGGUCGCGCGCAACGAGUGGAAUGAAACAGAUCCUGAAGAUUUGAUCAUUCUCACAAAAGAUGGCUCAAUGUUACUUCUGAUGGAGAAGGUCCAUCCAAGUGUUAGGCUCCUGGCCUUGCCAAUCAUCCACGACGUAUCAGUGUCAGCAGAUGGGAACAGCACAAGCAGAGGGAAGCCCAAACCGCCGUUUCGCCUUCGGCUGGCACGUGGAGGAUUGGUCAUUACCGCCUCCUUCAUUGCACUUGGUGCCUUGGCACCUGCAUAUCGAUCUCUCAAGUUCAUCUUGACAUAUCCAAAUACCGCUGAAAUUGUCAUGAUCACGCUUGUGGGAAGUAUGGCGUAUAGCAUGUGGUCUUGGAUCUCGCAUUCCAAAACACGACAACGGGAGCUUGUUGCUACCGCUAUUCAAUCUAGAUUGGUCGCCAGGGGCCACGCUGCGGUGGCCGUCUUGACCAAUGGGGCGGUUGAAAGGUUAGCAGAAGUCAUUAUGGAAGAAUAUGCAACAAGAUUACUCUCUGCUGACGAGACAAUGAAGGAUGCGCCAGACCCAUUUGUGAUGGAGAUUGGUCGCGCCGUUGGACUGUUUCGGGUGUCGCCAGACCAUCCUGCAAACGGCUCUCGUGAUAGCAAUCACAAACAACCAAUUGUUGCUGUGGAGUGGGAAGAAGCUCGCGAAGAAUUGCUGCAUGUCUUGGCACGGCGACGGUGAUUGAUCAAGUUCAGAGAAACAGGGAUGUCAACACACACCCGACAGGAGGAAUUGUACUGCUUAUGCUUCAUGUGAUUGUCAUGCUUUGAUGCCGCUUCUCCAAGGUGCCAAUGAAACCAAGGGAUGCCAGUGAGAGUGCGUUUUGCUUGUAGGCUCCCGAUGAAUCUCCGUGGUGCUGCAGCACUUGUCUCUCUUCUGUCUAUCGGUUGCUUUGAUGAAACAAACAUUAUCCUUGUGCAUUGUCUAGAUGAUGGAUAGGCCAGGCACCCUCACUGGUAACUGCAAGGCUCAAUUGAUUUGUUUGGCCAUCGCUUCAUUCGAGAGAGCAAGUGUCCUAAAGUGAGAGAAGGCAGAACCCUUGCAAAUACUUAUGCUUGCAAGCAUCACAGUCAAGCAAACAGAACGCUGUAGUACUAAUGAGAGUUGAAUUCUAUCUUCCUGUGGAACUAACAUGUAUGAAUGUAAUGUAUUCUUUAUUAAUACCGCCCCAAUUGAACAUAUAUCGGC